AUGGCUACGCCCUCGUCCUCAAAAAAGUAUCUGACGGCGAAAAGACCGAAAAGCAAAAGCACCAUCAAAAAUCAGUAUUCCACUAUGGUGGAUCUUCUGGAAGACCAUCCGGAUAUAGCCAGAGGCUUCAGUAGAUCUGAUACAGGAGCAUUCUGGAAAAAUCUAGCUGAAGAUUUAAACAGCCUUGGGGGUCCUGAAAAAGAUCCUGCUGCAUGGAAGAAGGUCUGGUUUGACUGGAAGUCAAACUUGAAGCGGAAGUUGGCUCACAAUCGAAGAGAGCAGCAAGCUACAGGGGGCGGCCCCAACAAGAUAGUAGAAUUGACCUCGCUUGAAGAAAGGGUUGUCGCUCUGACUGGGCUCACCGCAGCCGUAGAUGGCAUAGAGGAUUCUAUUGCGUUUGGGGCUCCUGCUGCGGCGGACGAAAAUAACAGUGGCGUAGCCAAUGGUUCAUUUGUGGGCCAUGAUCCCGUCGACGAAUUAUCAGAAGUUGAACUUCAACAAGAGCCCAUCCGCCGAAGACAACCUGGUCAGCGGAGUUUGAGAUUGCUGGAAACGCAAGUUGAACAGCAGCAAAAUUUCCACCAAGAUUUGUUGGGAGUUUUGAAAAUUCAAGCGAAAAAGCUCGACGAUAUGGCUCACUACAACAAGCAAAUUUCUAAGCGGAUGACGGAAAUCCAAGCAGCUCAAGCCCAACAACUUCAGGAACAACGGCGACACAACCUGGAAAUGGAAAAAAUCCAUCUAGAAAAAUUGAAAACCAAAAAAGAAAUUCUUGCAUUGAAACUUCAGCACAUGCAAAUUUAA